GCGCCAAAUCGAAUGGAAUCGAGUAAACACAGCUAGCUGCAGCAGCAGUGCACUGUCACUGCGCAAAGCACGUGUACUUGCACUACUACUAGUUAACAUUCUGUACUGUUUAAUAUUGUCGUUUAAUCCCACUGCGCUGGCUUGAAUUGAUCAUCAUCAAGAUCAAGGUUGAGUUGCUGGAGCUGGAGUGAGUGUGUGACUUGUGAGGUUCGUCCAUCAUGGCUCUACAAUCGACUCAUCAACUUUCUUUGGAUUCAAGUCAAGAACAAGGAUUUAUCUCCUUUUUACGUUCAAUGCCGGAGAAACCAGAAACAACAUUCAGAGUGUUUGACAGAACUGAUUACUACACAGUACAUGGUCAGGAUGCAGUGUUUGCUGCUAAAGAAGUCUUCAAGACUUUGGGUGUUAUUAAACAUUUGGGCUCAGGCCCAAACAAGAUUGAAUCAGUGGUCCUCAGUAAAAAGAAUUUUGAAUCUGUCGUGAGAGAUCUGCUGCUAGUCAGACAGUACCGAAUAGAGGUGUAUAGUAACCAGGCAACAGGCAAAGGCAACAGCUGGACACUAGCAUACAAGGCGUCUCCGGGGAACCUGAGCCAGUUUGAAGAGAUUCUCUUCGGCAGCAAUGACAUGUCCACUUCGGCUUCGGUCAUUGCGGUCAAGGUGGCCGGAGAGAGCGGACAGAGGAUCGUCGGGGUGGGGUACGCCGAUGCGACGUUGAGGGAGCUCGGAGUGUCGGAGUUUGCGGAUAAUGACCAGUUUUCAAACCUUGAGGCACUCAUUGUACAGCUUGGCCCCAAAGAAUGUCUGCUGUGCUCCGGUGGUGACCCUAACAAUCCUGAAUUCGCAAAGCUGAAGCACGUAGUCCAGCGUGGUGGAUUGCUCAUCUCCGAUCGUAAGAAGGCAGAUUUCAAUUCCAAGGAUAUCGUUCAGGAUUUGAAUCGUCUUCUGAAGGUCGGCAGAAACGCAGAACAAGUCAACAGUAAAGCCCUCCCUGAGAUGGAUAAAACGAAUGCCAUGGGAUCUGUGUCAGCUCUUAUCAAGUAUAUGGAGCUCCUGGGAGAUGAGACUAACUUUGGACAAUUCAAGCUGACGACCUUUGACCUGAGUCAGUAUAUGAAGUUGGAUGCUGCUGCUGUCACAGCUCUUAACCUCGCAUCAACUGGUCCAGAAAGGGACGUCAACCGAGGGAUGAGUCUGACGAAGCUUCUCAAUAAAUGUAAAACAGCUCAGGGUCAAAGGUUACUAGGACAAUGGAUCAAGCAGCCUCUGCUCGACAAAAAUAGAAUCGAGGAAAGGCUAGACCUUGUCGAGACAUUCUUCAACGACCUGGAGCUACGACAGACAUUGCAAGAAGAACCGCUAAAGAGAAUCCCAGACUUCCAACGCUUGUCCAAGAAGUUCCAACAUAAGAGGGCGACAUUACAGGACUGCUACAAGGUUUAUCAAGCUGUUGAUUACCUCCCGAACCUGAUUGAGAUCAUCGAGAAACACGAAGGAAGCAAGGCCCUUCUGCUGAGGGAAUUAUUCACCAAUCCUUUGAAGGAGAUUUUGAUGGACUUCUCAAAGUUCCAGGAGAUGGUUGAAUCAACCCUUGAUCUGGAACAGGUUGAGAAUCAUGAAUUCCUCAUCAAACCAGACUUUGAUGAAAACUUGAUGGUCCUCAGAACCAAGAUGGAUGAACUGGAGGAUGAGAUCAAAGGUCAGAUAAACAGGGUUGCCAAGGAUCUUGGUUUAGAAGCCAACAAAACCAUCAAACUGGAGUCUAAUAAUCAACUUGGUUACUUCUUCAGAGUCACACGCAAGGAGGAGAAAGCUCUAAGAAACAGCAACAAGUAUUCCACCAUCGACACCAACAAAAAUGGCGUUCGCUUCACCAACUCCAAGCUAAAAAGUUUGAACGAGGAGCACAUGGCCGCCAAGGAAGAAUACAAUGAGACUCAAAAAGCUGUAGUGGAUGAAAUCAUAGGCAUAGCGUCUGGAUAUGUGGAGCCUAUGCUAAGUAUGAAUGACAUCACUGCACAACUGGAUGUACUUGUCAGCUUUGCACACGUAUCUGCCGGUGCUCCCAUCUCCUACGUCCGACCGAUGCUUCAUGACCAGGGGGAGGGCGUCCUUCGCCUUGCUCAGUCGAGACAUCCGUGUCUAGAAAUGCUUGACGACGUGGCCUUCAUACCCAAUGAUGUGACCUUUGAGAAGGACAAGCAGAUGUUCCAUAUCAUCACCGGACCAAACAUGGGCGGCAAAUCUACCUUCAUUAGACAGGUCGGUAUGGUGGUCUUGAUGGCCCAGAUCGGUUGCUUCGUACCCUGUGAGAAGGCAGAGGUAUCCAUCGUUGACUGUAUCCUGGCCAGGGUAGGAGCGGGAGACUGUACGCUUAAAGGAGUCUCAACAUUCAUGGCUGAGAUGCUGGAGACCGCAUCAAUCCUCAGAUCUGCUACAAGCAAUUCAUUGAUCAUCAUUGAUGAGCUCGGACGUGGGACCUCCACCUAUGAUGGAUUUGGACUGGCAUGGGCCAUUUCGGAGCAUAUUGCCACUAAUAAUUGUGGCAUGUGCCUGUUUGCAACCCACUUCCAUGAGUUGACUGCCCUCGCUGACGCUGUACCGACGGUCAAUAACCUUCAUGUUACUGCCCUGACAUCACACGAUCAAUUGACUCUUCUUUACAAAGUCAAACCUGGUGUUUGCGAUCAGAGUUUUGGUAUCCAUGUCGCCGAGCUUGCCCACUUUCCUCAGAAAGUAAUAGACUUUGCCAAAGAGAGGGCCGCAGAGCUAGAAGACUUCCAGAGUAUCGCAUCGUCCGUUUCGACCAGUAUGGAAGGCUUGGAUGAACCCUCGGCCAAGAAGCGCAGGCUGGAUAAGCAGGAAGGGGAAGCCAUAAUACAGGAUUUCAUGUCAAAGGUCAAGGCCAUUCCUCUAGACGAGCUCUCUGAAGAUGAAGUCAUGAGCCGGAUACAGUCCCUCAAAGCAGACGUACAGGCAAAGAAAAACUCCUACAUUGAAGAAUUGCUGUCCAGAGGAACCUAGGUACCACUCGGAUACCCCUAGCCAGAGUUAUACAAGCAAAGAGAAAUACUUACUUUGAAAAAUGGCUUUCCAUGAAGGCAGAGGUAAAGCAAAGAGAAAUGCCUACAUUGAAGAACCUGUUUCCAGAGGAACCUAGAUUCCACUACAAA